ACUUCAGCCUGGUAGUCUUUGGCUGGUACCGAACCUCGACGUUCUAAUCGUACAUCAGACCUGUAGAAAAAUCUUGAAAAAUAUAUCGCCGCGUCUGGUUCACGUGUGAGCCAAGGUUGGUUCCGAAAAAUACCUUUCAGGAAAUCAAUAAUCUAUUCAAAUUCCCACCGCGAUUACUUUCCUUUUCGUUUUAUUGUCGGUAAACAGUUGUUUCAAUCACGCACCGCAGGUACCCACCGUGUUACUUGCUCGAUUAUACGAUACGUUAAAUACCGUAGACACCAGCCUUUCUCAUUCGUGCCGAAUUAAAAAGACCAACCACACACUCGCCUAUACUACGGUAUUACAGGAAAAGUCUCAAGUGCAUAUACGCUGGAUGUGAGGGAAGGAAACUAAUGGCGGAAUAGUGGAUUUCAACGCUGGACGAGGACAAGUUGAGCCAUCAUGAGAGAAAAAAUUCGCGUCCUGCUUCUGAUUUAUGGGCUUCUGCUCACGGCGGUGUGUACAAAUGCUCUGAAACCAACUCGACCGAAGUUUAAGAUUGCCACAUCUUCUACGACCACUACGACGGAGGAACCAGAACCGGAAGAGCCUGAGGUAACUACAGUGCAGACUGAUGUUAACGCAACAACUGGUCACACAUUGACGGGUAUUCCCCAAAUAGACUAUAUCUGGGAUCCUAAUCUACCGCGGGAAUUGAAUGGUUACAAUCUCAGUUCAUAUCCGUUCUACAGCACCGUGCCCACGGAGGAAAUUGAUUUUAAAUGCGACGGACUGCACGAUGGCUUUUACGCCAGCAUACAGCACAAAUGUCAGGUAUAUCAUCACUGUCUCUACGGUACCCGGUACGAUUUUCUAUGCGCGAACUUUACCGCCUUCGACCAGAAGACCUUCAUAUGCCAUUUCGCGUCAGAGGUGGAUUGUGCAAAUUCUAAAAAAUACUGGCAUCGCAACGACGCUCUCUAUCAAGCGACGACGACGACAACGACCUCAACGACCACGACGACAACGGUAGCUCCCCCGGUUCCCGCAGCACCACAAGUUCCCGUGGGAAGACCCAGCCUCAGGGAUCCAACACGGCGCAGACGGCCCUGGAGGAGGAGGCCCAGCUAUGAAUACGAAUACGACGAUGAUUACUACGACGACGGGUACGAGAGGACCAGAGGACGAGGCUACGACAGGAGAGACGGCUAUCAGUACGACGACCGCGACUUCGUGUCGGAUAAAGAUCGGGAUCGGGACUAUAGAGACUCGGAAAGAGACCGCAGCAUCAGACACAGAGAAAGGGAGAGGGACAGGGACAAUCCCGCUGGAUACGGACCCCGAGAUGUCAGCGAUCGUCGACCGGUCUACGACGAUCGGGAUCAAAGGAAUCGCGAAAAGAUACCCGCGCCUAGACCCAACCGCAGAGAACCCCCAAUCAGGGCUAGACCCGUAGACCAAUACGACGAAGAUUCCCGGCCUUUGCCUAGGGAUAGAGUGCGCGAUCCGGAGACGACGAAUUAUCCUGAAGGAAGAGGUGGAGCGGCCGAAGACCGACGAAAAGAAACAAUUGAUUCCAGGACUAGGGAUUCAUCCAGAGACUCGGAUGAUCGGCGAACAUACAAUUCUGAUAAAAGGUACAGAAACGACUACGACGAUAAAUCAGAUCCAGCUCCCGUUGCAACGGGGAGUACCGAUGGUCUGGUCAAACCUGCUGCGCCCAGUAGUUCAGUUUACGCAAGACCGCGAGCACCGCCCAAGAUACGAAGGCCUGUGCCGGUAUCCGAAAAAAAUAAAUACGCAUACAACGUUUCUGCCGCACCCGCCGCCGCCGCCCCCGUGCCUAAUGAAGAAACACGGAGACGGCCAGAUCCAGUCGAUGAUGAUUACGUAGUCGAUGAUUUGGAGGAAACUAGACCCCGAAGACCGGGCCGAAGAAGGCCAGCUUACAGAGACAAGGAAACUUACGACUCAAGAGAAACUAGAGACAGAGAGAGAGAAAGAGACCGAGAUCGAGAUCGUGAUAGGGAGCGUACCUAUAGACCUCGAUACCAAGAUGAGGAAGAGGAGGUGGGGGAUGAAGUGAGUAUGAGGAAACGUCCGGACCGGCAGAGAGACAGGCACUAUGAAAGAGGAGACAGACCGUAUGGAUACGAGAGAGACAGAGCCGUGGGUGAUCGGGGGUCAAUUAGCCCAUCAACAACGGAGAGACCGGCUGGCCAGUACCCGAUUAGAUCAGAGAGACCUAUUCUACCGUUGAGCAACCGUCCGUCAAGCAGGGACGAUGAUUACGUUCGACCAAAAUUCUCAGCUCGCGAACGAGAGCCACCGAUAUUGCAGAAUGAACCCGUGAAGAAGCCCAACUUCUAUAGUCAAAGGAUGGAAAAAACGAUCGACACAUCACAACAGACUUUCAUAAAUGAAGAACGCGACGACGGCGAAAGCGUCGUUCAGGACGAAGAGGACGAAGAAUUGGAGCAGCCGACAAGGAGCAAAGAUUAUCGCGAUAAGAGCAACGAUCAGAGCUAUCUUGACCCAGACCCCGAGCCGAAGUUGGCGCCCAAAGAACUCUCGUCACGUCCACCGAUAUCCGGAUCACGUGGAAAUUAUAAGUACGAAGACCCGAGCUCUGAGAGUCCAUUAGCGAUCGAUUACUCCUCGGAAACUUCGUCCGAAUAUUACGAUGAUCCUGAGGAAGUUCCGGUAUCCUCACCAAGGACAACAGUGCGUGUUGUUAAAAGGCCCUUCCUGCCAUCGAGAGGCGGCAACCCAAACCCCAGGGGUUUGAAGCAGGUCGGAUUGAGGGUGGAGCCGCGAUCAGACGAGGUUAAGUCAAGCUUGAGGCAAACGAGCGAGUCUGAUUUCGCUCAGAAUCAGCCCGUUUCGCGAGAACAUUCUUCGAACAAUGGCGCCAGGUCAUCGAGAUUAAAUGUGGACGAUGAGGCGACUAUCGGUACGACAGGGGAUAGGGAUUACAGCCCAAGAAGACAGCCCUACGACGCCUACAGAACGAUUCAGAGCGACGUCAGGCAGCGGCAAGGGGAGGAGCUGCAGAACGAGGGCGGGGUUGCAACGAGGCCGCAGAGUCGAAGACUUCAAAAAGAGGACUCGAUAACCGACGAAAACGACUCGCUUGCACAGACCCAGGACGAGGAUGAGUUCACACGUCCACAAUUCGACCAGAGAUUUCCAACGUCGAGGAACGAUGGAGAAUUCAUCGCACCUUCAAGGCAAGAGAGCCCAGUAACAUUGCAGUCGCGUAAUCCGGACGACGCAGAAAACCAGCUCCAAGAUAUACCGGAGAGCGAGUACGACGUCGCGUUGAACGACGCGCUGCCACCGACUUUGAACAAGGAAUCGAACCUUCCCAGCGGCUUCGUCCUGCCGCUUCACAGACAGCUGGAGAGGGAUACGAACCUGCAAUCCUCCCAGAGGAACUACCUGCUCACCAGACCAGCCGAACUCGUAGCUCAAGUGAAAUCUUCAUCUUCUCCAGGCUCCAGCUCCUAUCCUGUACCACCGUCAAUGGCUAGAGCCCGUGCCACUUUUCCUCGGCAACCACCAGGUGCUGUAUUUGCACCUGGAAAUCCACAAGCACCUUGGCAGGGGUACGACGAGUACUAAUUAGUCUAGAUAUUAGGCUUGAACCAGGCAGCAUUUGUUCGAGAAAUACUUUAUGACUGCUGUAACGAGAAGUUCCAUUAAUUGAAUGGCUCCAAUGAUCAGGUUCAAGUUGAGAAAGUCCGUUGUGGAUAGUCAAAUCUGAGUUUCUUGCCAAAGGUAAAGAAAAAUCGUCCCAAUCUUAAACACCUAUAUUCUGAUUCACUUGUGGAUGUAAAGACUCGUUCGAAACUAUAAAUUUUAAAAUAGGCUGAGAGGAUUUGUUUCACUACGUUGCCUACUACCGUUCAAUUAUAGUGGAAAACUGUCUCAACCCACGCGGUCUUGACGUCGUUCUUCUGCGCAAUAUCGGAUACUCAUUACUAGGUCGGUCAGUGUGCUGAAGAUAUAGGAUCAGAAUUUUUACUACACGACGAUAAGGCGUAUAUAAUAUCACUGAAAAAAGUUCUACGUUUCAUAAGCCAAUUUGAACGGAAGUUGAUCCUGGUUUUCCGUAAAAUGAAACAGUAACAAUAAUUAUCAGAGGACUCUAAGUCGAUUUCUUAGACUUGAUAAUAUUACUUAAUAUUCCAGGUUGUCGUGUUUAAUAAACUGAAGUCGUAUCUUCUGGAUGUUGACCGGCGUGGUGUUAUUGCAUAAUUAUAUCAUAUUAUAAACUUUAAUUGAUAUACACUUUUACGCACAAAAUAAAAUGAAAGAAACCGUGUGAUAUAAGUACGAUUUUUUAUAUAGCAUUUUUGUACCCAUCCGUAUGUGGUGCAAACUUUGUAAAUAUAUGUAGGCACAUAAUACAGUUUGUGAAAUUCGAUCCAGCAAUUAGAGUCUGCAAACUGUGAGGUAUUUGUAUUGAAAAAGAAAAUUAAUUGAUAAUAAGUAAUACCGAAGUGCAAUAGAAUAUAUAUCUAUACAUA